AUGGAUCAUGUCAACUACACCUGGACCCGGACGUUCAUCCUUGCUGGUUUCACUACCUCUGGCACCCUGCAACAUCUUGCAGUCUUUGGGACCCUGUGCAUCUAUCUUCUCACACUGGCAGGGAACUUGUUCAUCAUUGUCUUGGUUCAGGCAGAUUCAGGUCUGUCCACUCCCAUGUACUUCUUUAUCAGUGUCCUCUCCUUCCUGGAACUCUGGUAUGUCAGCACCACAGUGCCCACCUUGCUGCAUACAUUGCUCCAUGGGCAUUCACCCAUCCCCUCGUCUGCAUGCUUUGUUCAGCUCUAUGUCUUCCACUCCUUGGGCAUGACAGAGUGCUACCUGUUAGGUGUCAUGGCUCUGGACCGCUACCUUGCUAUCUGUCGCCCACUGCACUACCAUGUUCUCAUGAGCAGACAGGUACAGAAGCAGUUAGUUGGGGUUACAUGGGUGGCUGGCUUUUCAGCUGCCCUGGUGCCUGCAGGUCUCACUGCCUCUUUACCCUAUUGUUUGAAAGAGGUAGCCCACUACUUUUGUGACCUGGCACCCGUGAUGCAGUUGGCAUGUGUGGACACUAGCUGGCAUGCUCGGGUUUAUAUUGCAGUGAUUGGCAUGAUCAAUACAUGCAAUCUUGCUUUCAUCUUGGGACUCUAUGGAGGUAUUGUGAGAGCUGUUCUGAGACUACCUUCAGCUGCUAGCCGUGCAAAAGCCUUUUCCACCUGUUCCUCCCAUAUAACCGUAGUGACACUGUUCUUUGGCUCUGCCUUCAUUGUCUAUGUGGGCCCACCAGAGAUUCGAGCUGAGGGCAGAGACAAGCUUAUUGCCUUGGUAUAUACUUUGCUCACCCCUUUCUUCAACCCUAUUAUUUCUACUCUUCGCAAUAAAGAAGUGAAAGAGGCUUUUAAGAGGGUCACACAGAGGAUUAAGGCUGAAUUGAUGUGA